AUGUCCCUAGCGACCCCCGAAACGAUCGUCGGCCUCCUCCACAACGACACCCGAGUCAAGCUCGCCGGCAUCGACGUCGACGGCCUCCUCCGCGGGAAGCUGGUCUCCAAGAAAAAAUUCCUCUCGAUCGUCUCCGAUGGCUUUGGCUUCUGCUCCGUGAUAUUCGGCUGGGAUAUGCACGAUCGGACCUACGUCCGCGAGCUCGCCAUCAGCAACAGGGAUAACGGGUACCGCGACAUCCUGGCGGUUCCGGAUCUGAGCACCUUCCGGCGCAUUCCCUGGGAGGACAACGUGCCCUUUUUUCUGGUGAGCUUUUUGGAUCCCGAGACGCGCCAGCCGCUUUGCGCUUGUCCUAGGGGGUUGGUGAAGGGGGCGUUGGGGAAGUUGGGUGCCGCGGGGUAUCGGGCUAUGGCGGGAGCGGAAUAUGAAUUUUAUCAGUUUCGCGCGCCUGAACGGAAUGCCUCGUCAACGGCGACUUUUCUCAAAGAGAAUCCUGUCGAAGCGUUACCCUCGCUUACGGAGGGGAUGUUUGGGUACAGUUUGACCCGUCCUGUUCAUAAUCAAGACUGGUAUUACGGGGUUUUUGACGCCUGCGAGCAAUUUAACUGCGAGAUUGAGGGGUGGCAUACGGAGAGCGGGCCGGGGGUUUUUGAAGCUGCACUACAGUUUGGGGAGGCCCAGGAGAUGGCUGAUAAAGCGGGUCUUUUCAAAUAUGUCGUCAAAUCCAUUGGCACCAAACACGGCAUCACUCCCUCGUUUAUGGCGAAACCGCGCGAAGGCCUGCCAGGAAACAGCGGCCACAUGCAUAUAUCCCUGGUGAAUCAGGACGGAACGAAUGCGUUUAUUCGUCCCACCCCCGAUCCCAACCCGCCGUAUCCAGAUGUAGCUUACCUAUCGGACCUGGGUCGAUAUUUCCUCGCCGGCAUUCUCACCGGGCUUCCCGAUAUCAUGCCCAUGUUGGCGCCCACGGUGAACUCCUACAAACGGUUGGUGGAAAACUUCUGGGCGCCAGUUACGGUAUCUUGGGGGCUUGAGCACCGCGCUGCCUCUGUUCGACUGAUCAGCCCGCCAACUUCCAGCCCCAAGUCUACACGAUUCGAAGUGCGCGUUCCCGGGGCAGAUUCGAACCCGCAUUUUGUCCUCGCUGCCAUCGUCGCCCUGGGGUGGCGCGGGGUCGAGAAGAAGCUCGAAAUCCCCGUUCCUCCCCUAUCCAAGGGAGAGGACAUGGGUGGUGCCGGUGACAAGGGUGUAAGACUAGCAAAGAACUUGGGAGCGGCCAUCGCUGCCUUCACGCACAAGGACAGUAUCGCAAGGGAGGUCUUCGGGGACGAGUUCGUGGAUCAUUUUGGCGGAACUCGAGAGCAUGAGCUGCGCUUGUGGGAGGAAGCCGUAACGGAUUGGGAGGUGCGACGGUAUAUCGAAACGGUCUAGAUCGGGACGGCGUUGGGGGAAGUUCCCGGUACGAUGCUUGUAAAUAGAUGAUCUGACCCGUUCGAACCCGAACUCUAAGCUGGGGUCGGGAGUGACCCGGAAACUAAGAAUUUGGAUGGAGGCCAGGCGAUGUCACAUGUGAUUUGCAUAGUGGGCAGGCUCUCAUGAUUUUCACAUGCUGGCGAUGGGAUCAGGGGAGUCUCAGGAUAGACAUAGUUAACUAAUACAUGGUGACAACAAACAAAUGAGUUGCUAUCCACAGUCAUUGUCCUGGCCUGGGUGUAAUAUUUUCCCAGGCUGCCCGUGUGUACGAGGGCAGAGGAAAGGGUGAUACCCAGAUCGGCGGGGGUACUUGGUGACUGUACCUAAUCGCCACAUCCAAGGUCGCGAUAACACUCGGGACAAGUCGGUGCCGCACCGCUCUUGAAAAACAAGGGUUCGCGCUGCACUGAUUCGAUCAACGAUUGGUG